AUGUUAGCCAACUCGACCCGUGGCCUUUGUGCUACCGUAUCUGUCCUCCCAGCGGGAUUCCGCUCCCCUCAUGUACCACACCCAACGCAUGUCCGUGACCGCCAAAGAAUACAAGACAGAUACCUCUUACCCUUCCUCAUCAACAAUGGAGCUGGUAGCGCCCAUUUCUCCAGCACACCAGGGCCCCUAAAGCCACCUCCUACUACCUCCGAUUCCACCUCGGCCACCACGGCCACCACCCUACCAACCGUCACAAAAACCUCCCCCCUGAAUGCAUCGACAUCCACCCUCCCCGCUCCCCUCUCCCUCCCUCCAAAGGACCCCACCGCCAACAAGGCAAAAUACUACUUCACCCUCGGCAAAGCCUACCUCUCCUUCUACAAAACCGGCCUCAAAAAUGUCUACCACAACUACCGCGCCGCCCUCCCCCUGCGCCGCCGACUAGGCCUCUCCCCUCAUCUUCCCCACCUCCCCACCCCCGCCCGCCUACGCCGUCAAACACAUCAACAACGCCGCCAUGCUGGAAGACUCAUCCGCCGCGCGGCGUACGACGUGCGCCGCAUAAUUCCGUUCUCGCUCAUCUUGAUGCUGUGCGGGGAGAUGACGCCGUUUGUCGUGCUGGCGCUCGGCAGCUUGGUUACGCCGUUUACGUGCCGGGUGCCGAGGCAGGUGGAGAAGGAGCGCGUUAAGGCGUGUUUGCGGAAGGAGAGGGCUGUGAGGGCUGCGGAGGUGGAUGGGGCUGCCGCUGCUGCUGCCGAUGGUGUCAGUGGUGGGGAGCUUAGCCUGAAGGCAAACGCCAUUGCGAAUUUGGAUGUGCUACUUAAUGCCACGGCGAUACCGCCUUCGGUUGAUAUUAAUGGGUUGAUCAACCAUGCGUCGACGGCGGGGGUUCUGAGGGCGUGUGCGGUUUUCGGGCUGAGUCGGGGCCAUGAGUUGGCUGGUGGUUCAUUGUUGCCGGGGUUUGUGGUGGCGGAAGUUGUUAAUCAGGUUUAUCGACCGAGGUUAAGGAGGUGGAUGAGGUACCUUGAGGUGGAUGAUUGGUUGAUUGUGAAGAAUGGAGGUGUUGAUGGGAUGAAUGCGGAUGAGAUCAGGAUCGCAGUGCAUGAAAGAGGUGGGGUGGAUGUUUCGGUUGGGUUGAAGGAUGGAGAGGCGGAGGUGGUGGAGAGGAGGUGGUUGGAGAAUUGGGUGCGUGGACGUGGUGGGGAGAAAAUGAUUGAGAGGUGGAGCGUCGAGUUAGAUUAA